UAAGCAUCUAAUUUUUGUUUGUAAAGCGACACAUUAACACACACUUCACUUAUUAGAGAUGGAUAGAAUUCCGGCCUAGACUCCUCUUCUUCUCUGCCACAAUCAAACCCUAAUCUCCUCUCGUCUCGUCUCCUCAAUAUAUAUAUAUAUAUAUAUAUAUAUAUAUUUUUAGAUCUGAAAAUUUCACAAACAGAGUCCAUUAUAUAUAUUUGUAGGGAGAGAGUGAAUUAAAGAUGUGUUGUGGGAGCAAGAUUUGCAUGUUGUGCACAUGCCUAAUACUGGUGGUGAUUGUGAUCGGUUUUCUGUUUGGAUUUGGGGUAUUCAAAGAUGGGUUUCACAAGUUGAAGGACACAAUUCAUAACUGCGACACCUCUUCAUCAUCUGGAAGACCCUUCAUGGGUGUGGGUGUGCCUCCUCCGUUCUAGGGUUUCUAUCAUCAAAUCUUUUUUUCUUUCAAAUCUUGUUCUAUAAUCCAUCUGCUGGGUUUGUGGGUACAAAAUAUAUGGGGGUUUGUGUUCUUCUUUCAAGUUAAUUUCUUCAUUCUUUAAUGAAUUAAUACUGUUGUUAUUUUGCUACUUGAUUAGGAUUCAAUGUAGUCACUGAUUCUAUUAUAUUGGGAAUUUUUAUUAAUUUUUUCUUUGUUGCUA